AUGGAAGCGUCUAAGAUUAGAAAGCCUAAAACUAAAUCACGCGAAAACAAUAUUGAAGAGCCUAGUGGCCAAAUUCCCGAAGUUCCAACACUUGAUGAACUUUUAUCUUCUGUUGAUAAUCCGCAGGACAUUGCAGAGUCCUCUAGUAAAUGUUCAAUCGAUGAAAAUAUUUCCGAAGUGCCUGAAUUGCUUUCACAUCAACCCGAAAUGAAUUUAGAAUUAAGAGAUUCAGCAGAAAGUUCGACCAUCACGCAGCCCUUAGAAAAUGAUGAAAGGGAAUCUGCAAUGCCUUCAACUUCGAAACAAUUUCAGGCAUUUUUAGUUUUAAUUUUUUGUUUAUUUACAAAUUAUCAGGAAGAAUCUUGUUUAAACGAAUUCCAACAGGAGACUACGCCAGUCAUUUGUGAGCAAAAUAUUUCUUUACCAAAGUAUCCUUUAAUUUCUGAUAUUAAUGAUUUUUCAAUCAAUCUGCAUUCUAUUGAAGUCUCACAAAUUGGUAUGACUUAUAUUUUUUAA